AUGCAAGGAAUUCAACAUGAUAAGAGGCUACCACAAGUUUCAAAUCCAAAAACACAAUCGUUUAUAAACGAAACGUGGUUAAUAGAAAACGAGUUAAAUUCACUUUCUUCAAACAUUUCAAAUAUACUAUCUAUACAAACCCAAAUAACAAUUGCAACUUCAGAUAAAAAUGAAAUUUCAUUACUCAAAUCUCGUGAUUCAUUAUUAAGUUUAACGAAGAAUUUAUUAAUUUCAACGAAAAAUAAAAUAAAAUCACUUGAAGUACAAAAUUUAAAAGAAGUUGGAGCCUCUUCGACUGCGAAUGAUUUUGAAUUCAGGAAUCAACGAAUAAUCCAUCUUAAAGAAAAAAUUUAUUCAAUGUUUGGAAACUUAUAA